AUGAGUUAUCCUAAUAUUUAAGAGUUUUUGGAAGAUUUUGAAAAGGAGAAUGAAUUAUUAGGAAAAGGAACGUAUGGUGAAGUGUAUAAAAUGAAGACGAAAAGGAUCAUCAAUCCUGAAUUAGAGAAGGUAUAGGAAGGAUAAGAGGGGUUUAAUGGGUAGUAGUAUGCAGUUAAAAUGAUGGAUGCUAAGACGGAAAAAUCAUUUUCAACAAUAUAGAAAGAAUUUCUGAUAUUGAAGAGUUUGCCAAAAUCGCAUCCGAACAUCAUUAGACUUUACAAGGUAAUAAUUAGAUCAGAUAAAUAGAGUUAUGCGUGGGCGAAUUAGAUCACAAAAACUUAUACAUUGGUUUUGGUAAUGGAGUUAGCCGACAAAAGUUUAAUGAAGGAGAUUGAAGAGAGGAUACAAGCUAAGAAAUAUUUUUCUGAUGAUUAAUUGCAUAAUUUCUUCUUGCAAUGUAUUUAAACUUUGAAUGACAUUAAACUGCAUUCCAAUAUUUAUCAUAGGUAAUUGAUUAAUCAAAAAUAGAGAUAUAAAGCCUGAAAACAUUCUUUUAAAUAAGGAAUAACAACUGCUAAUUUCUGACUUUGGGGUUUCUCGUAAACUCAUGAAGGAGAAGCUACCAACAAUCAAUGGUACUUUGGUUGGAACUCCUGCUUAUUUAUCUCCCAUUUUAUGGAAGGCAUUUGAAGAGGGCUAAUUUUAGGUUUCGAAAAUUAAUAAAAUAACUCAUAAUGUAGAAAAAUCUGAUGUUUAUUCAUUGGGUGUUACUCUAUUAUAGACAACCCUGUUGUUGAAUACAGAGAUUCAAAAAUUAAAUUCUGUAAAUUUACAUAAUUGAUCUAGGGAGAACAAGGAGAGCAAACAACAAGAGAAUUAUUGAGGAAUGUCUAAAAUCAAAGAAUUAAGUUCAUCCUAAUGAGGAUGUUGGAUCACGAUGAAAAAUAAAGGGCAUCUUAUAAUGAGUUACUUUAAUUAUUAAAUGAAAACAUCCCUAAGCAAGUUGCUUAAAAUAAGAAACCCAUCUUUUCAUAUGUUGAACCUAAAUUGGGAAUCAAGGAACAAUUUAGCUUAUAAGCCAAAAUAACAUUCGAAAAUAAUUGUAAAUAAGAUUUGCAUUAAAAUCAAUAAAGUACAUAGCAAAUAGAUCCUUAGACAGACUUUGAGACUGUUAGUUAGGGUUAAAUGAAUCAAUAGAAGUAAAUUGAAAACAAAAUGAAGGAUGAAUGAAAUUUAUUGCAUAUCUAUUUAAAUAAAAAUUGGCAUAACUGAGC